CGCGCGUGCGUGCUGCGACGCGGCUGCGAGGCGCUGAGGGGAGAGGCGCCACCGCCAGCGCCGUCGUGGGGACCCGUUAGAGCGGAAGCGCCUCCGUCGCAGCCUUUGCUGUCCCGGGGACCCUGAUUCCUGGCAGGUGGGAGGCGGGAGCCAUGUCGAAGCGGCUUCGGAGCAGCGAGGUGUGCGCUGACUGCAGCGGGCCGGGUCUCUGUGCUGUUCUUGGUGCUUGGAUUAACCUGCUUUGAAAUUUGAAGCAAUUCAAAGAUCCUUCCUGGGCAUCAGUAAAUAGGGGAACUUUUAUAUGUGACGAGUGCUGCAGUGUCCAUCGGAGCCUAGGGCGCCACAUCUCGCAAGUAAGGCAUCUUAAACACACACCGUGGCCUCCCACGUUGCUGCAGAUGGUUGAAACCUUGUAUAAUAAUGGUGCCAAUUCUAUAUGGGAGCAUUCUUUGCUGGACCCUGCCUCUAUUAUGAGCGGAAGACGUAAAGCUAAUCCACAGGAUAAAGUACAUCCUAAUAAAGCGGAAUUCAUCAGAGCCAAGUAUCAGAUGUUAGCAUUCGUACAUCGCUUGCCUUGCCGGGAUGAUGACAGCGUGACUGCCAAAGACCUUAGCAAGCAACUCCACUCAAGUGUGAGAACGGGGAAUCUCGAAACCUGUUUGAGGCUGUUAUCUUUAGGAGCACAAGCCAACUUCUUUCACCCUGAAAAAGGAAAUACCCCACUCCACGUCGCCUCCAAAGCAGGGCAGAUUUUACAGGCGGAAUUAUUGGCAGUAUAUGGAGCAGACCCAGGCACACAGGAUUCUAGUGGAAAAACUCCUGUGGAUUAUGCAAGGCAAGGAGGACACCAUGAGCUGGCAGAACGCCUUAUAGAAAUACAGUAUGAGCUGACCGACAGACUAGCCUUCUAUCUCUGUGGCAGGAGACCAGAUCACAAAAAUGGACAGCACUUUAUAAUACCUCAAAUGGCAGACAGACGGCUCCUGGAUUUGUCUGAAUUGGCAAAAGCUGCUAAGAAGAAACUUCAGUCCCUAAGUAAUCAUUUGUUUGAAGAACUUGCCAUGGAUGUGUAUGAUGAAGUUGACAGGCGAGAGACCGAUGCAGUCUGGCUUGCCACGCAAAACCACAGCACCCUGGUAACCGAGACAACUGUCGUCCCCUUCCUUCCAGUCAAUCCCGAGUACUCUUCAACACGGAACCAGGGCAGACAGAAACUCGCUCGGUUUAACGCCCAUGAGUUUGCCACACUGGUCAUCGACAUUCUCAGUGACGCCAAGAGGAGACAGCAAGGCAGUCCUCUUUCUGGUUCAAAAGACAAUGUGGAGCUUAUACUGAAAACAAUCAAUAACCAGCACAGUGUUGAGAGUCAAGACAAUGACCAGCCAGACUAUGACAGUGUGGCCUCAGAUGAAGACACGGAUCUGGAAGCUACUGCAAGCAAAGCAAACAGGCAGAAGAGCCUAGAUUCAGAUUUAUCAGAUGGACCAGUCACUGUGCAGGAAUUUAUGGAGGUCAAAAACGCUCUAGUGGCUUCUGAAGCCAAGAUACUACAGCUAAUGAAGGUGAAUAACAACUUGAGUGACGAGCUGAGAAUUAUGCAGAAAAAGCUUCAAACACUCCAGAGUGAAAAUUUGAACCUCAGGAAACAGGCCACAACCAAUAUUUAUCAGGUGCAAACUGGUUCUGAGUACACAGACACUUCGAACCACUCUUCCUUAAAGCGACGUCCGUCUGCCCGGGGCAGUAGGCCCAUGUCCAUGUACGAGACGGGAUCAGGUCAGAAACCAUAUCUCCCAAUGGGAGAAGUGAACCACCCCGAAGAGAGCAGGACGAGACUCCAGCCUUUCCCUGCGCACAUCGGGAGGAGUGCGCUUGUGACCUCCUCUUCGUCUCUACCUUCCUUCCCCUCCACACUUUCCUGGUCGAGGGACGAAAGCACUCGAAGGGCAUCCAGGCUGGAGAAGCAGAACAGCACGCCUGAAAGUGACUAUGACAACACCCCCAAUGACACGGACCCAGACGACACAGGGUCAGGCAGAAAGGGAAGGCAGAGGAGUAUGGUGUGGCAAGGCGACGGCUCAGUACCAGAUACAGCGGAACCCCACACAGCCCCAAGCCCCGUCCUCCCCAGCACGGAAGACGUCAUCCGGAAAACUGAACAGAUCACCAAAAACAUACAGGAGCUCUUGAGAGCAGCUCAAGAAAAUAAACAUGACAGCUAUAUCCCCUGUUCGGAGAGGAUACACGUGGCCGUUACUGAAAUGGCAGCAUUAUUCCCCAAAAAACCCAAGUCUGACACGGUGAGGACUUCCCUGCGCUUGCUGACAUCCAGUGCCUACCGACUCCAGUCCGAGUGCAAGAAGACCCUCCCUGGGGAGCCCGGCCCGCCCACGGACAUCCAGCUGGUCACGCAGCAGGUCAUCCAGUGCGCCUACGACAUCGCCAAGGCCGCCAAGCAGCUGGUCACCAUCACCACCAAAGAGAACAACAACUGAACAGCUCAGUGCCCGGCCCUUGCAUUUUCUUGGCUUUUUAAGGUCCACUUUCAAAUUGAGACGUGGAAUUCUGCCAGUUUUUACAGAAACAAACAUUUAAUGAAAGUUUAGAACUUUUUUUAAAAAACUCAGUAUUAUUUUUGCAUGUUUUCUAACAAAUUUUCAACUAUUAAUUUAACCCACUUGCCUUAUUUUGUGCCUGUUUGCCAGUUUCCUUGCUGAUGUUCUGUCGUGCUGUCAGUGACUGUUGUUGAGUUGAUGGUCAUAGUCCUCCCAAGUGCAUAGUUUCAUUGUUUCAGGUUUGUUAGACCUUUUCCAUCCCUUUGAAAACUGCCUGUUUAGGGUUAAUAUUAUAAAUGAGAUUUUUAGUGAAACAUUUUCUGGGGAGAGUUGGAUUUAAAAAAAAAAAAAACCACCUUAUCUAUUCCCAAGCAGGCAUUGUGCAAUAAGCGAAUUUUCCAGCCCUAGUGCAAGAAUCUCUAAGUUUAGGGGGGUGUCUACAAACACGGAUGUAGAGAAAGGACUUUGCUCCUCUCUAAAAGUAGUGUGACAGUCUCUCUUGGAAGGAAACAAUGAACUGCUUCAUUGCUUUUAACUGUUUUAUCUUGUUAGAUGUUCUUUUAUUUGAUGUUUCUGUCUGGAUCCUCCGUCUCUUUUACUGUCAUCCUGAGGUCCCCGUGGUGCCAUGUGAGCACUCAUCCCCCACGUCCCGUGUCAUUUUGUCAUUUGGCUUUGUCCAGGUAGGAGUGCGGCCAUGUUAUCACACACGGCUCAGUGCUCUGCCUUCCCACAGGAAACCAGAUGUGUCAUUACAAACAUGUGGCAAACAUGCCGUGUCCCACAAGCCAUGACUAAUUCUGUGCCACCCCAUUCAGCUACCACUGCCAUAAACUGUGGGAAGAGAAAUGACCUACUCCCUGACAUGGUAAUGUAUCUCUCUCCCAGAACUCAGUUCCUCUAACCACUUAAAGUUUCCUCCCACGGCCUGUUUGGCACAUCUCAUCACCUUUAAGGACUUCUUAUAAGGUAAGGUUUAUACAAUCUGAUUUUGUUUCUCCUCCAUUACCUCACUGGUACUUAAAAAUUAGACCUCCUCUUUCAUAAAUUCCUCAGAGAGAGUCAGCUAGAGGCUGACUGCCAGCUAUCCUGAAGCUACAAAAGUACAGGUUUAGGUUCUAGAACAUACUGACAUUGGUUUUUGAAACUGCUAAGACUACCUUUCUUGCUCUGAAUGGUAAAGCAUGUCCCUGUCCCUGAUUCUUGUGGUGUUUUUGUGGACGGGAGGGGCCAGGCAGCAUUGAUGGAGGUGAAUGGAGUGGGCAGGUACAGAGCAGGGCCGCAGGACCAGUGGGGGAGCAAUGGCACACCCAGGAGGGACAGCAGCUCCCCAGCUCCACUUGGGCCACCUUAUGGAAAAGUGGGCCCAGGGUUGACAGAGCUUUGAUUUUUUUAAGAAUAACCAGAAAUAUGAAUAGUUUUUUGCCAUUUCUCUAUUUAUAAAUGUUGGCAACGAAACAUUCUCACAGCACACAGCGGGGGUGAGCUGUAGUCUCUAGGCGGCCAGCUCAUAGAUUCUGCCGAGGGGUCCUGUCUGCUGCAGUGGGGAGGCCACGCUUGGUUUACUUCCGAGCCUUAUGUGUCCCCUGGCCGCCCCUACCCUGUGUCAAGUUGCUGUUAGUCCUCAUCUUACCCAUACAGUCUGUCCCAUAGUGCUUCAUUCAUACACAUGAAGAAGUCAGAGUAAUCACAGUUUCCUCAGUGUGUGCUAAAUAAGCCUGUCUUGUCACAGAACUGUUUGACCCACAAAUAUCUUCAUAGCUUGACCGGAUGCUGUUGUGAAGGAAGCACCAUGAUGGUGUUGGUUUACUAAGUCCUGGGGUGUGGAUGCUUUUGCUGGAUUUCGCUGCACUGAGUAGCCUGGGGAAAGGUCCACAUCUCCAAAAGACUCAUCCACUUGUCUGCACAAUCCUAAGUGCCAUGUUCCUGUCGGAUGCUGAGGGGACAUCUACCUUAAAUUAAGUUCCAGCACCAUCUGACAACAUUGUCUGCGUGCUGCACGUACUUCGCUGUCCCUCUUCCCCUCUCUGACAAACACCUGGCUUGGGAAGGGCCAUCUUGAGUCGGUGCCUCAGCCUCCCAGGGAGGACAGACUUCUAAAUAAUGAGUCGUCUGGGGUCAGGGGCGCAAUGCAGCGGCAUCUUUACUGCAACACUCAGCAGGUGAUGAAAGAUCUUGUCUCUGUGCCCCUAGAGAAGGUCAACAAGUGCAGGGACCAGAGAGCGUUUCCAAUCGCAAGAGCACCAUAGACGUUUGCUCUGGGAACCCAGUGCCAGGACUCCAGAGAGUAGUUCUGGGUGGAGUGAGAUGCCUCCUUUACUACCCUGCACAUUUCCUCAGCCUCUUCUGCGACACAGUCCCGCUGGCAAACCGCACCUUGCCUGGACGGCCAUUCACCACCUUUUGCACAUGUGCUCCAUGCCUUGCACUAAUGCCUGCGUUCUCUAAAGUCCUUUUUUUACUCUUCGUUCUCAAAUCGCCCCCCACCCCUGGGCCACAAGCUGAUAGGAUGGAAGUGCACUUUAUGAAACGGACACUUGCCGACCGAGACAGCUCCGCCCUGAAGUCCUCCUCUGCCUCGGAACGCAAAUAGUUCUUAUUUGCCAAAGAACAGGGAAUCGGGCCCAAAGGGCAAAUACAGCGUUUCGCACAAUUGGAACCACAGACACACACCUCUGGAGUGACUGAAGCUGCAGAACCAAGAGUGAGACGAGCAUGUGUCUAUCCACAGCGGCUGUGAGCUCUCCAGUCCUAGAAUGUUCUCUCCCUGUCCCCUGUGAAAGGCACCCUUGUUUUUAUGAAAGAAAAUGCUGCAUAGGAAAAACGAAAUGCCUUUCAUUUAAAUGUGUUCUAUCCAUGUGACCCAUUAUUCUGUACCUUUCAUGUUUAUUGUACAUUCUAUUCCUGUAAUUAUUGUACAACCCUGUAAGCGUUGUAAGAUCGUUCUGAAAUUUGUGCCUGCUAGUUAUGCAAUAAACAGGCUCUGCAGUA